AUGGCUAUGCGCGCGACGUUUGAGAAUAGCCAAGAGAUCGGCGUAUUCGCGACCCUCACGAACAGCUACUGCCUCCUUGCCCUUGGCGCCUCACAGUCCUUCUACAGCAUUUUCGAAGCCGAGCUCGCAGAUCUGAUUCCAAUUGCGCAAUGUACCAUCGCCGGCACCCGUAUUGUCGGUCGUCUUACAGCAGGCAAUAAAAACGGCCUAUUAGUACCUACCUCUACGACCGAUCAAGAACUACAGCAUUUACGAAAUACCCUGCCAGAAAGUGUCAAGAUACAACGGAUAGAAGAGCGUCUAUCUGCCCUCGGCAACGUGAUCUGCUGUAACGACCAUGUUGCGCUCGUCCACCCAGACCUCGAACGAGAGACCGAAGAAAUAGUUGCAGAUACACUGGGCGUGGAAGUUUUCAGACAAACGAUUGCCAGCAAUGUGCUAACAGGAUCAUACAUGGCUCUCUCGAACCAGGGUGGACUCGUACAUCCAAAAACAAGCAUACAAGAUCAAGAUGAGCUAUCGUCGUUAUUGCAAGUACCAUUGGUUGCAGGUUCGGUGAACAGAGGUAGCUCAGUUGUUGGCGCAGGCAUGGUGGUCAAUGACUGGAUGGCUGUAACGGGUAUGGAUACAACAGCGACAGAGCUCAGUGUGGUUGAGAGUGUAUUCAGACUGGGAGAGGGUGCGCCACCUGGUGUUGAUGGUUUGGACCAGAGGAUGAAGGGCAAUAAAGAGAGCAUUGUUGAGUCGUUCUACUAA